UACCGAUUAAAGGAAAACGUCAAUUACGUACGUGGGCGUUCCAAGUUGCUUCAAAGAGUUUACACAGUGGAACCUCCUUUUUAUGUGUUCUAUAGUCACUUCAAACAAAACAACUGUUAAGAGCCAAUACCAAUCUGUAUGUCCAUAUUGUGGGGGCGAGAGGCACAAGGACAAUCUCUUCUUUAACAACGGCAAUCCUAUAAUUUCCUCUUUCAGUUUCAGAUCGAUCCGUAGAAGUAGUACAAUUGGGAGAAGAAGAUGAGAAAGAGGGCUAGAACAAGCCUCGACUCGGCGAUUGUCGAUGUCUGGAAACGAGAGGUCGGCGAGCUCUCCACCAGAAACUUUGCUCAUCGUUUAGGCGCCUCUGAGGAUCUUGUGCUCCGCCUUGCUCUCUUGAGGAAGCUUGAAAAACACAGAGGUUGUGUGAACACGGUUAGCUUUAAUGCAGAUGGCGACAUUCUUGUGUCAGGCUCUGAUGACCGGAGAAUUAUUCUCUGGGAUUGGGAAACUGGGAAUGUUAAACUUUCAUUUCAUUCCGGUCAUGGCAACAAUGUUUUCCAAGCAAAGAUAAUGCCCUACACAGAGGACCGGAGCAUUGUUACCUGUGCUGCUGAUGGGCAGGUAAGGCAUGCUGAGAUUCUAGAAAGCGGGAAAGUGGAGACUAAAUUACUUGCAAAACAUCAAGGACGAGCUCAUAAGAUGGCCAUUGAACCAGGAAGCCCUCAUAUUUUUUAUACUUGUGGUGAGGACGGAUUGGUACAGCAUUUUGAUCUGAGAACUGGAGCUUCAACGGAGCUCUUUACUUGCCAUUCUAACAAUAGCAAGAGUUAUAUGCAAAUUGUUCAUCUAAAUGCAAUUGCAAUAGAUCCAAGGAAUCCUAAUCUUUUUGCAGUUGCGGGGUCAGAUGAGUAUACGCGACUUUAUGAUAUCCGCAAGUAUAAGUGGGAUAGUUCAACUGAUUUUGGUCAGCCAACUGACUUUUUUUGCCCUCUUCAUUUGAUUGGUGAUGAGCAAGUGGGAAUAACAGGGUUGGCAUUCUCAGAUCAAAGCGAGCUUCUUGUAUCUUAUAAUGAUGAGUUUAUCUAUCUUUUUGCAAAAGAUAUGGGAUUAGGACCAAAUCCAGCUCCAUCCUCUCCAGCAUCUAUGGUCCGUGAAGCAGAUCAUUCCGAUAUGGACACUGAUGUCAAAGUUGGUCCUCAAGUCUACAAGGGCCACAGGAACUGUGAGACAGUGAAGGGUGUGAGUUUCUUUGGGCCUAAGAGCGAGUAUGUUGUGAGUGGGUCAGAUUGUGGCCGUAUUUUCAUAUGGAAGAAGAAAAGUGGGGAGCUAAUACGUGUUAUGGAAGCAGAUAAGCAUGUUGUGAAUUGUAUUGAAUCUCAUCCUCACACCACUGUGCUUGCCAGCAGCGGAAUUGAGAAUGACAUAAAGAUGUGGACUCCAAACUCUAUUGAGAGAGCUACUCUGCCAACAAACAUUGAAAAGGUUCUGAUACCCGUUCAAUUUAAUUUCUUUCCCGUUGGUGAUGAUGAGGAUGAUGACUAUUACUAUGAUGAUGACGACGACGACGACCUUGAUGAUGACGACGACGAUAGUGAUGAGGAUGAGGAUGAGGAUGGCGAUGGCGAUAGCGGUGAUGAUUCCUCUGAUGAUGAUGGAGGUGAUGAUUUUUGUGAUGAAAAUGGUUGUGAUGUUUCCUGCAAUGGUGUCGAUGAUGAUGGAGUUGAGACCCAAGGCAAGGGGCUGGAUGUACCGAAUGGCUUCACCACAAGACCUGAUGCUGCAAUUAUUUUCACUUCAAAGGAGGAGGACAAGUCCAGAGCGUGAAGGAGAGAAUUCGGCUGCAGGACGGGAACUGCUGGAGCUUAUUUUGACAUUUAAUGCCAACAGUGACAUUUCAUCAGAUGAGGGCGAAGAUACCUCCAGUGCUGAAGACUGUAUCAAUGACUGAUGUUGCUGCAGCUAUUUGUGUUUUGAAAAACUUGAGUAACUGUACAUAAUAUAGUGAAUAAGUCCAGAUCUUUACAUGGGUUUGUUUUCUUUGCA